AUGGCCUCCUUGGCGUCCUGCGCCAACCGCGAGGGCUGGGGGCCUGUAUCCCCAGUCCGCCCGUUCGACCUCACGCCGUGCUUCCACGAAGGCGUCGUCCUUUCCACACUCUCGGCCCUUUUCCUCGUCCUCGCCGCCCUCAGGUGCUGGGCCCUCAAAAGCCGGGAACCACGCUCGAAGAGUGCGAAGAGCAUCUGGUUCCUGAGAGCAAAGCUUGCUCUGCUCUCGCUCGCGUGCGCAAUAAGCUGCGCAAACCUCAUCUUGGUGCUUGUCACACACCGGCGGGUUGCCUUGGUUCAAUCUUACGUGCUCGAGAUCCUUGUCCUCCUUGUCCUCCCAGUCUUGACCACCCUCAACCACUAUCGCGCACGCACCUCGUCCUCUUUGCUGCUACUCUUCUGGCCCCUCUAUGUCCUUGGCUUGCUCGUCUGGGCUCGCACUGUCUUCGGCACAUCCUACCGCUCGCUCCUCCCAGUCAUUGCAUUGAGGUGUGCUGUCGCAAUAUUGGGUCUCGCCGCCUUUGGUCUAGAAUGCUUCGGCACCGAGUUUUCGCCAGAAGACCGUCCGUCGGGUUCCGCGAAUGGCCAUGUCGAGAGCCCCCUUCUCACCGCAAACAUAUUCAGCAUCUGGACUUUCUCAUGGAUGUCUGAUCUCAUGAAGAAGGGUGCAUCUACUUACAUCACCGAGAACGAUCUACCUUCGCUCGUUCCCAAGGAUGAGUCUGCUAAUCUCGGUCUGAAAUUGCAAAGUGCCUUGCAGAGACACAAAGGUCUAUGGUCGGCACUCUUCGUCGCCUAUGGCGGAGAGUACGCCGUCGCUGCGUUCCUGAAGAUCAUUCAAGAUUGUUUGAACUUCUUGCAGCCACAGCUCCUCCGAUGGCUGCUUGCAUACAUCUCCGACUACCAGAUUUCCCGGUUCAACUCGGAACGUCCUAGUCCAAUUGAAGGUUUUACCAUUGCCAUCAUCAUGUUUUCUGCGUCCAUUACGCAGACCAUCGUUUUGCACCAGUACUUCCAACGCUGCUUUGAGACUGGUAUGCGUGUGCGCGCCGGAUUAGUCACAGCUAUCUACCAGAAGGCACUUGUGCUCUCCAAUGACGGUCGUGGACGUGCUUCCGGCGACAUCGUGAAUUUGAUGUCUGUCGACGCGAUGCGACUGCAAGAUCUCUGUACCUAUGGUCUGAUCGCCAUCUCAGGGCCGUUCCAGAUUACGCUAGCAUUCGUCUCGUUAUACAACAUUUUGGGGUGGUCCGCAUUUGUCGGAGUGGCUAUUAUGGUCAUCUCCAUACCGCUGAAUACCUCUAUUGCGCGAUUCUUGAAACGGCUUCAGGAGCAACAGAUGAAGAACAGGGACAAGCGCGAGUCUCCAGCCAGUUGCUUACGCGAUACAAUGAACAACUUUCGUGCACUUGGCAGUAUCAAGUUGUACGCUUGGGAGAAUGCCUUCAUCCGCUGGAUCCUCAGCGUGCGUAAUGAUCAGGAGCUGAAGAUGUUGCGCAAGAUCGGUAUUGUGACAUCCUUGAACACUUCCCUAUGGACUGGCAUCCCUCUGCUGGUCGCAUUCAGCUCCUUUGCUGUUGCUGCUGCAACGUCUCAGGUGCCUCUCACCUCUGAUAGGAUUUUCCCUUCCAUCUCCUUGUUUAUGUUGUUGAGCUUCCCUCUGGCUAUGUUUAGCCAGGUGACAUCGAAUAUUAUCGAAGCACUUGUCUCCGUCAACCGUCUUUCCGAUUUCCUGGCGGCUGAUGAGCUCCAACCUGACGCUCGGGAGAUGAUUACCACGAAGAAGCUUGAGAUUGGCGAUGAGAUUGUGUCUAUUGCCAACGGAGAAUUCUACUGGUCUAAAGACGCACCCUCACCCACCCUUGAGGGCAUCAACCUGUCACUGAGGAAGGGAGAGCUUGUUGGUAUUCUUGGUCGUGUUGGCGCCGGCAAGACGAGCUUGCUUUCUGCACUUAUCGGCGAGAUGCUGAAGACAGACGGCGAAGUCAAGGUGUCGGGUUGUAUAUCUUAUGCGCCUCAAAAUCCCUGGAUCAUGAGUGCUACGAUUCGGGACAAUAUAUUGUUUUCGCAUGUGUAUGAUCCUGAAUUCUAUGAACUGGUCUUGGACGCGUGCGCUCUCAGGCAGGAUCUGGCUCUUCUACCCAACGGCGAUCUUACAGAAGUUGGAGAGAAGGGCAUUACUCUGAGUGGAGGUCAGCGUGCUCGCGUUGCUCUUGCUCGCGCAGUCUACGCUAGGGCCGACAUUGUAAUCUUGGAUGAUGUGCUUGCUGCUGUAGAUUCUCAUGUCGCUCGCCAUGUGUUCGAUCAUGUAAUUGGCCCCCAUGGAUUGCUCUCCUCGAAAGCGCGUAUCGUGGUUACGAACAGCAUCCACUUCCUGAAGCAGUUCGACCAGCUCGUAUACAUCCGUCGAGGUAUAAUCCUCGAGAAUGGCUCAUAUCAAGACUUGGUCAACAACACUGAAAGCGAGAUGUACAAGCUCAUCAAAGGCCACGGCAGCCUCACCACGUCCGGGGUUUCCACGCCGUUUGUCGGAGAUACUGCCACGCCCUCCUCUGGAGGGGAAACUGCGGUGGAAUCCUCGCGUGAUCUUACGGAAGAGAAACUGCAGACCGUCGACAGCAAGCUCAUUCGGCGUACUAGCUUCGCAAAGGCAACUCUCGUGGAAAACUUGUCCACUCGGGCUGUGUCUGAUGGCCCGACAAAGGAACACAGCGAACAGGGCCGUGUCAAGGUAGACGUGUACUUACAGUAUGUCAAGGCAGCAUCAAAGUCGGGUUUCGUGCUCUUCGUCUUGUCUACGAUCGGAUCCCAGCUGACUUCCGUGGCCGGAAACAACACUCUGCGGGCGUGGGGAGAACACAACCUGCAAGCUGGAUCAAACCGAGACGCUUGGAAAUACUUGUUUGGAUAUGGGCUGUAUGCUUUUGUGUCCACACUGUUGGGGACAUCUGCGGCGAUUUUCAUUUGGGUACUGUGCUCUGUACGCAGUUCGAAGCUUUUGCAUGAUUCAAUGUUGCAUUCGGUCAUGCGCGCCCCCUUGAGCUUCUUUGAGCUCACACCUACGGGACGAAUUUUGAAUCUCUUCUCGCGUGAUACCUACGUGGUCGAUCAGAUUAUUGCAAGAGUUGUCCAAAACACGGUCCGCACAACAUGCGUCACCGCCAUGAUUGUGGUUGUCAUCGGGUAUAGCUUUCCCCUCUUCUUGGUUGCCGUACCUCCACUAGCAUGGUUUUAUAUGAGGGUCAUGGUCUACUAUCUCUCGACGUCCCGCGAGUUGAAACGUUUUGAUGCUGUGUCACGGUCACCCAUUUUCGCGUGGUUCUCCGAAUCGCUGAAUGGUCUCUCGACAAUUCGCGCGUUCAAUCAGCAGCAAGUGUUUAUUAUGAACAAUGAAAAUCGCGUUGACCGCAAUCAGAUAUGUUAUCUUCCAAGUAUUUCUGUUAAUCGUUGGCUCGCUGUUCGGCUCGAAUUUGUUGGGGCGACCAUCAUUUUCCUUGCAGCAAGUUUGGCUCUUGUUGCGCUUAUCACGACUGGAGUGGAUGCAGGUCUCGUCGGUUUUGUCCUCUCUUAUGCUCUGAAUACGACAGGGUCCUUGAAUUGGCUCGUGCGUUCUGCCAGCGAAGUUGAACAAAACAUUGUCAGUGUUGAGCGGAUUCUUCAUUACAUUGAGCUCCAGCCCGAGGCUCCUGCCGAAGUACUCGGCGUUGUGCCCGAGAGCUGGCCGUCCAAAGGAGAGAUUGAAUUCCGUCAGUAUUGCGCUAGAUAUCGCCCUGAACUUGAUUUAGCAUUAAGAGAUAUUUCUAUUAAGAUUAAUCAUAGAGAGAAGAUCGGAAUCUGUGGUAGAACGGGAUCCGGGAAGUCAACGCUCCUAUUGACAUUAUUCCGUAUAAUCGAACCGGCAUCGGGCACUAUUUUCAUUGAUGGCGUCGAUAUCACAAAAGUGGGUUUACAUGAUCUGCGCUCCGCUAUCUCCAUUGUUCCCCAGAGUCCGGAUUUGUUCGAGGGUACGAUCCGCGAAAAUGUGGAUCCCACGGGAGAGCACCAAGAUGCGGAUCUUUGGGUAGCCCUCGGACAGUCUAAAAUACUGGUUCUCGACGAAGCUACGUCUGCAGUCGAUCUUGACACGGACAAGGCUAUUCAAGAAAUCAUCCGUGGCCCUCUGUUUGCAGAUGUUACCAUGCUCACCAUUGCACAUCGGAUUAACACAAUCAUGGAAUCUGACCGUGUUCUUGUUCUGAACGCAGGACAGGUGUUGGAAUUCGAUUCUCCACAAAACUUGCUCGCGAACAAGGAUUCGUCGUUCUAUUCCUUGGCAGCCGAGGCGGGGCUUGCGUGA